AUGCCGAAAAGGAAACUCGACGCAACUGCCGGCUCCGAAGGCUCGGCGCCUUCGCCGACUGGUGUCUCUGCGUCUCAGGGAGACAACGUGAGCAUCGAAGAGGCGGAGAGAACGAAGACUGCUCGCCACGCGCCGUCUGAACUCAACGGUGCAUGCGGAGAGAAGCUGAGAGACAGUGAAAGCGAUGUCGGAGGAGAACGCGAAUGCAACAGCGAGAGAGGCCGAGAGAAACGGUGGCGCGAGAGAGGAAGACGGAGAGGCGGAAAACGAAGGAAAGAGCACGCGCCCAGCACCGGAGAAAAAAACCGGGAAGACGACGGGAAACAAACUCCGUAUGCCCCACUCAUCUAUGAAAACGCUGCCUUUGAAGCCUACUAUAAAGCACAGGGCGUCUGUCCAGCUGAAGAAUGGGACGCCUUUAUGGCGUGUAUCAAGACCUCCCUGCCAGCGGCAGUUCGCGUGAACCGAUCAGCGCCUCUCUGGCGAUCGACAGUCGACUUGUUGACGCAGCUCAGCAGGACAGACAAAGACGAGACAGGACCGGAGGAAACGUUGCAGCGGCUGCCGUGGAUGCCCCAUGAGAUUGGCUGGCAGUGGAGCACGGUCUGCAAGAUCCGCCUGCGCCGUGAUGAAGGCUUCAGACGCAUUCGACGCCACAUCAUGAACGAAGAUUUCCGGGGAGGUUUGAGUAGACAAGAAGCUGUGAGUAUGCUCCCAGCCCUGUUCCUGGAUGUCCGCCCCGAACACCGGAUCAUGGACAUGUGCGCCUCUCCAGGAUCGAAGACGACGCAGAUUCUGGACAUGAUGCAGUGGGGGGCUGUAAACUCUCUCUCGCAGGGUGACGCGGACUCGCCGGCGCUCCCUGGCCUCGAACCACCAACAGGAUUUGUCAUCGCGAACGACAUCGACGCCCAGCGAACUCAAACGCUUGCGCACCAGUGCAUGAAGGUUCCCUCCGCAGCCAUCGCCAUCAGCUGCUCCGACGCCUCAUUCUUCCCCCUCACGUUGCCCGACGGUCCGACAGGCGAGACUCGCCUUCAGUUCGACAGAAUUCUCGCCGACGUGCCUUGCAGCGGCGACGGAACGAUGCGAAAAAACGGCGAUUUGUGGCGAAAGUGGAGUGCAACUGGGAGCGUCAGUCUCCACAGCAUUCAGCUGGGCAUUUUGCAUCGAGGUUUGCAGCUGCUGCGUGUUGGAGGGCGCCUGGUCUACUCCACCUGUUCUCUCAGUCCUCUUGAAGACGAGGCGGUCAUUGCAGCGGCGCUUUUGCAGUAUGGCGACGCCAUCGAACUGGUUCCCCCUCCGCCUCUCCCAGGACUGCGCUUCUCUCGCGGCCUCUCCUCGUGGCUGGUGCCUGUGCCAGAAACGAAGCAGAAGGAGCAGAAAGAAAAGAAGGACGAGAAGGAAGAGAAACAGGGGACUGGGGAGGCAGAGAAAGAAGGCCCGCAGUCAAAGGAAGGACAGCAGACCGCCCUAAAUGGCGAGUCAGGCUGCGGUCAGAAGUUCUUCGCCGCAUUCGCUGACGUUCCAGAGCCUCUGCGAGGAAAAAUCAAACCCACGAUGUUUCCGCCGCCGUCGGGCGCCGCUAUGCACCUGGACCGGGCCGUGCGCGUUCUUCCUCAUCAAAACAACUCAGGCGGAUUUUUCGUCGCAUGCCUCCACAAGAAAGGAGAACUCCCUUCUCGAGCCCAGAGAGAGCGAUACAAAACACGAGCAGCCAUGGCGUCUUCUUCCACUUCUUCCUCUUUUCCCUUUUCUUCUUGCACUUCUUCCAUUUCUUCCUCUUCUUUCUCUUCUUCCUCUUCUUUCUCUUCUUCCUCUUCUUCUGCGGGUUCUUUAGAGGUCGGUGAGCAGAAGACAGGAGAUACGGGGCGUUCCUCGCCUUCGCUUGCGUCUGUACCUCCGUCUUCUCCCCUUCCUUCCGCCGCCUCCAAUCCUCUUCUCGACGGAGAUGAAGCUGAGUCGUCUUCUGCGUCUUCGUCUUCUGUGAAGGAAGGAAAGGCGCUCUCAGUAGGAGCACGAAAGCGUCCGCUUCCCGGCUCACUGACGCAUCCGGCCGUCGCAUUGGCAAUCGCAGCGAGUCAGCCGGGUAGUCUCUUUCACACGCUGCUCCCAGUCGAUCUGUACGCCGAAGAAGGUUUCGAAAGUGUGCUCAGUUUCUACGGCUUCUCGAGGGAGUAUGCGCCGUCUCUGGUGAAGGGGGACCUUCGCAGCCCACAGGCCGUUCGCGAUCUUCCGAUUCACCAGCUGACUCGCCGUCUCCAUACACCCAAACGGCUGUACUUUGUCUCAGAAACUUUCUCGCAUCUGCUUCACCUCCUUCUUCUCGCUCCCCACAAACCGCGACAUUCCCCUUCUUCAUCCGCAUCUUCAUCUUCUUCUGGUUCUUCUCCGGAGGGUUGCGGCGAAAACGGGGAGAGAGACGAUGGAGUCUCGGCGGCGGAGGGUAGCGAACAGCGCGACGUUCCGACCUGGCAGUCUCGGAAUAGGAAAUCUCGAGACGAAGUCCGCAUGAAGUGGCUGCAUGCAGGGAUCAAAGUUCUCGUUCAACACGGCAGCACGCAGCAACUCUCUUGUCGAUUCGGAGCUGACGGAUGGAGAGUUUCUCAGGAGGGUGCCUCGCUGAUGGUCCGCUACAUGCGGCGUCGCAUUGUCUUUUUGAACCUCGAUUUCGCGGCGACUCUCCUUCUCUCGGAGUCCCGAAUUGUCGAAAGAGAGGAGCUGCUCAGGGGGGAAGUGGAAGGCAGCGUCACAGCCCUCGACUCGUGCCGCGACGAAGCUGGAGCUCUCGAAGCGGGUGGUUGCGUGUGCAUCGUCUGCCCAACGGAGGUUCUUCCCUCGUCGCGCUUUCCUUUGCCUCUUUCGUCCUUCUCUUCGCUCGCCGACGCCGUCUGUUUGAGCUGCCUCGUCACUCCAGGCGGCAACCUGCACUGCUACGUGAGCAGAACAGAAGCUUCUGGGCUCGCGUUCCACCUCUUCGGCGUCGAAGAAGACGAGAAGAAGAACGAGAAGUGCGAAAAAGAUGAAGAGUGA